AUGAAUUCGAAAUCAACCAUGAAAAUCAGAAAACAAGGCCCACCGCGAAAAAAGGCUUGCCAGAGUUGCACGGACUCCAAGGUCCGAUGUAGCCUGGAGAGGCCGACCUGUUCGCGAUGCUGGACUCGCGGCAAGCAGUGUCGGUAUCCCGAGGGUUCAAGUGACGUACAUCGGUCAAGCCCUGGGGCUUCGAGUAUAAGGCACUCAGCAGAUGAGAGCCUCGGCUUUGAGCCGUCAAUUGCAGACUUUUCCACUACCUCGACCACAACAGCAUUCUCGAGUCCAGUGUCUGGUCAUGCGUCGAAUAUACCAAACAUUUAUUCUCAGCACGAAUCUGCGCGGAAUGUGGACAUUGGUCUGACUUUUGAUCAUGUUGACCUCAUGCCAAUGGCAGACGCCGAGAAUAUCCGUGAUCGCUGGCUGCAGCCUUACCUUCUUCCUGGGACGGGGCAGCUCCCCAAGCUGUUCAGCCCGUUUACCGUGCAGUUCCUCGCUUGCGUGCUUCGCUCAUACCCCAACCAUCUUCUCGACGAGCACAGCCUCCCUCCAUUUAUUCACCCAUUGCAGCUCAACAACAAGCCGAUGCCGCGAACAAUUGCAAAUUGCUUUUCUCUGGUGCGCAUGUGGAUGAACAGAGUUGAGGGAAGCGAGGCAAUUGUCUUAUCAACCGUCAGACAGGAGAUGGAGAGGCUAUCCCGAGAGGAUGCAACAAGUGACUUUGACACAUUAUGUUCCUUCCAAGUAUACCUCAUCUACUUAUUAACAGUUUACUUCUCCCCAGUCGACAACGCCUCCCUAGUAGACGACAUGAGUAUGAUAACCCUCCAAGACCUCGCCUUCCGCACCGCAAAAGCAGGAUUUACCUGCAAAGCGGAGCUUUCGCGCACGCGGCCAACUUGGGAAUCCUGGAUCAUCGCCUCUUCCAAACGACGUACGCUGUUCACAAUGUACCUCUUCACGAAUGUGUACAACUCCGACAACGGUCUUCCGAAUUUCGUGUCGGAUGAGUUGAGGGAUAUUUUUGUUCCUGAGAGUAAAGCACUGUGGGAGGCUUCUGAUCGAGUUUCUUGGACGAGGGAGUAUAACCGGCACCUGUCGAAAUGGGAGGAUGGGAUGCUGCAAAUUUCGGAGCUGUGGAGAUCGUCGGAGACGGGAUCGGAGGCGAGGAGGAAACGGAUUGGGUUGUGGGUACAGUCGACAGAUGAGUUUGGGAUGAUGCUUUUUGCAGUGUGUGCGCAUAUCCAUGGUUGCUGA